CGGACGCAUGCUUUGAUAAAUUGAAAUCGUGGCACUGGUACACAUAUUGGCCGAGGAUUUUUCCCUGGAAACAGUCACAAACGCACGAUCGAUCGGAGAAAGCCGGAAAACAUUGCUUGGAUCGAAGAGAUAACGUAAAGAUUCAUCCGCGAGAAGACGUUACACCCGUGUCCACGCUAUUAUUACGUUCGUUGCGAUCCAGGUUACAAGGGCAUGCAGAGGAAAGACGUUAUAUCCAGAUCUUCUUCCGUAAGAUCCGUCAAAAAAAUCAAGAUUUAUCGAAACGACACAUGUCCAUGAAUUUCCAUUUUUCAUUCUCUAUUGAAUAUAUCGACGAGAAUCCCCCCUUCCCCCGUAAAAAGGAAUCGUAAACUGUGGGAUAAAAAGUAUGCGAAAUAGAAAAAAAGAAGAGCAAGAAGAAGAAGAAAAAAAAGAUCGUCUUUGCAUUAUUGCGUGAUCUAAACGGUAUAUCGUGGCUAUCUUGGAAAAGAAGAGCACCGACUUUUUGUCGGGGGGGCCCCCCUUCCUGGCCGGAGCGGAGGAUCGGUAGAUAGGACAGUCGCAUAAGUUCUCCUGGUACCAGGUUGCCAAACGAGGUCACCCGGUCACCCAGAUGAGGUUCUUUGCCCGUUGUUACCUCCGCACCUCGGCCAAUGGCGUGGCACCUCAUCGUCGCCGUGGCCAAUCCUGUCGCCAGUUUUCGUGCCGACCGCCAGCCGAUCACCGAUCCAAGACCCGCGCCCGGCUUUGUGCCCAGAUUUAAGCUUCUUCCUUGCUGGGCAGGAUCUCCUCUUCGUGACGCGCGUGAAUCCUUUUCCACGGAGUUUCUUCCCAACUUUUCGCCCUCCCGUGCUUAUCUCGUAAACCGUAUUACAUCGUGAGCGGCAUCGAAGAGCGAGGAGCUCGAGGAGUUGGAGUAAUCUGCAUCGGAAGAGAAACCAUCGGGGAAAACCGUGAUGGCCGUCAGGUUCACGAUCCUGGUGCUCUUGACCACCGUCGUCGUUGUAGUGUCUUCCGCCGGACUGCUCGAGACGUUGCUCUCCUGGGAUUUUCCAGACGCCGUGGGCAGGUCGACCAAUCCCCAGUCGCAAUGCCUCUGCCAAACGUCCAAUUGCUUGUGCUGCAUCGAUCUGAAUCUGACCGCGACCUUCGACCUGGGUGGGCCGGCGUGCAUCAACGUCAGGCAAAAGGAGCAGAACGUCUCGUUGAACCUGAGCUACGGCGACAAUCCGGUGCACAACGCCACCAUUAAGAUCGUUGACGCGGCCAAUAGAUCGACUUGCAUGAACCUUCUCUCAGACUUGGCGCAGAUAUGCGCGAAAUUUACGUGGAUGAAGCAGACGGAAGCGGGUCACGACGGUUGUUUGGUGAUCGAGCCAGCUCUGUUGGGAACACCGCAGGCCACUUACCAGAUGGGAUGCUUCAAUUUCAAUCAGGUGGUGCGCCAAAUCGAGCCACCUCCCGCCAUCGAGACGACGGAAGGUAGCGAGAGCGCGGAGGAUGAGGAAGACUCGUUGAACACGGAGGAAUUCAUAGCGGCUGUGUCGGCGAGCGCGGAGCAAGGCAUAGCGCUGUUUUCCCAGUGGCUGGGCCUCAAUCUGAACCCGAAAUUGAACGUGACGAGCGGGAAGAACAGCGGGCAACAGGAGACGAACGGGCAACGUUCCAUCCCGUCCACCACUUCCAGGUCCGCCCGAGCUCGUUGGGAUCAGGAGGAGAAGAACGACGAGCGGUUCAAGCAAUUGUUAAGCGCUCAGGAUAACGUGUUGAGGGGUUCGGCGACGAUCGGCCAAUCGAGCGGGGCCGAAACGACGUUCGUUUAUUCGAGACCCCCCGGCUUGUACUCGUCGGAUAAGAGUUCGGACGAGAGAAGGGUCGAUCGAAUGAAAAUCGAGCCCCAACACCUGGCCGUGGUGCCGAAAGAGUCGAGGAGAGGCGGAAGGGCGUACAAUAUUCAUCAGCACGUGAACGAGAUAUAAACUCGGUCGGCUCGUUUUCCAUUUUCGGCUCGAUCGAUCGAUCGAGGGGGGGAAUUAAUUAGAAGGUAGAUAUAUAUAGGAUUUAUCUCACAAGAGUAGAUCGUAUUCUCACGGCGAGUUAAGGCGGAAUUAUUAUCGUCCCCUAUUUAUUUUUCUUCGUGUUUUACUUUUCAUUCUGCUUCUAUUUAGCUCUAAAUUCGACUAAUCGACGGAUAUCGAGAAACGACUAUGUCUAUGCCGGAUUAAUCGGUGUUGGACAUGGUUCGUUCUUUUCGAGGAUGUUGAUCCACUUCGAUCAACUCCGUUUGAAUGAUCUCUCGUAAUUGUGAUUGCUUUUUCUUCUUCUUCUUCUCUCUCUCUCUCUCUUUUUCGUAAAAUUUAUUUUAUAUUGUUAUUAUUAUUGGUAUUCAAUCGAUGUUCGAGAUACACGAGAGGAAUAAAUGGAAUAAAUCUGAAUAAAUGAAACAAACUUGUAUCCUUCGUGGCGAAUAGACGGAUAUAUAUAGGGUAUUUUCUUUUGAAGAGAAUGCAAUUAUUUUCGCGGAAAACACACGUUUCCAUUAUGCGAUAAUUGUUUAUUUGUUUUUCGAUAUCGUAUAGCAAGUAGAAAAUACAGUAAUAAUCUUCAUGUAAUUUAAAUCCAUGCGAUAACAUCGAAUUAUACACAUUUAUGAUAAAACAGAUAUCAUCGUGCGAUAAGCGAUUUAUUUUUUUUCUUCUUCUUCUUCGUAAAAAAAAAAAAAAAAAUACAACGCAUACAAUACGCGUACAACACAAGUAUAUAAAUAAAUAUUCGUGUUGCACAGUUGAUGGAUCACCGAUUGAUCUUUGCAAAAUAUCGAACAGAAUGAAUUCGAACGAUCGAUACAAUCUUUAAUUGUAGAAUAUAUAGAUAAUAGAAUCGUUCGCGCGAAUUAAGCGUGGUUCGAUCGUUGAUAAGAAACAACAGAAUAGAAAUUAUCAGAAUUACUGAUAAACGUUUCUUUUUCUUUUUUCAAUAAUCGUUAAAUUUUUUUAAUUAUAUUUUUUGUAAUAUCGUUGACACGGAGAUGGUCAAUAAAACUAAAGAGAAACA